UGAGUGUGUUUGCUGUGUGUCCUGGCCCUGGUGCCACUUGUGUCCGGUCUAAACCUGGUACACCAGACUCCUCCUCCUCGCCGCUAGGACGAUAUCAAUUUACCUUCCAGCCAUUAUAGCCUUGUACCAACAAUGAGCAAAUUGUUCAGAAUGGUGAUGCUUGGGGCGCCAGGCUCUGGGAAAGGAACAAUAUCAUCGAGGAUUGUCCGAGACUUUGGCCUCAAACACUUGUCCAGCGGUGACCUGCUCAGGUCCCAGGUCCUCCUCAAGACUGAAUUAGGGCUUGCUGCCGAGACGUACAUGAAGGCAGGGAAGCUUGUGCCAGAUGACGUGAUGGUAAAUCUGAUUGCCUCUGAGCUUGCACGUAUGAAGACAACUUCAUGGCUGCUUGAUGGCUUCCCUCGGUCUAGACCACAAGCAGAAGCACUGCAUCAGCAAGAGAAGCUUGACUUGGUACUGAGCCUUGAGGUGCCAGAUGAGGUCAUAAUAGAUCGCAUCAAAGGCCGCUGGACUCACCUACCAUCAGGAAGGAUAUAUCACACAGAAUUUAAUCCACCCAAGGUUUUGGGUGUGGAUGAUGUGACUGGUGAACCACUGGUCCAGCGAGAGGAUGACAAGCCUGAAUCAGUUAAGCAACGUUUGGAUCAGUAUGCUAAAACAACAGGCCCACUGAAAGAAUUUUAUGAAGAUUUGGGAAUUCUUCAGAGUUUCCAUGGCACUGAAUCCAAUGAAAUUUGGCCUCGUGUUCAUAAAUACCUUCAAAAUUACUUGACUGCAUUGAGUGGGCCCUUUUAAAUUCCUUAUUGGCUCAUUAGAAUCAGAAGCUAAUUAGCUUUUGUGAAACUAAAGUCAGUUUUGUGUUGCUACUUUUCUGGCUGUGAUAGCAACAAGAGAGCAUUUUAUUACAUAGUUAUCUAUACUAUAGCAGGCAGUAAAUCUAUCUAUACAUUUGUUCAUCUACUUCUUUUCAAAUUACAUUGGUAACUAAUGCCAGUUAAAUGAUACUUCACUGCGAGCAUAAUUGUCAUUUGUGGUACAAUAUAUUGUAUUUUUUUUCUUUUAAUGAAGCAUGGAGGAAUAGGUUUUUAAUGUAUAUAUUUAAGGUAUAAUAAUUGUACCUUUAUAUAGCUGUGUGGUGUUAUCAAAAUCCCCAGAGAGAGAUCUGGUGAUUUAUGAUGCAGCACAUGAAUUUCCUGUGUAAUAGAGUAUUGUUAAAAGUUUGACUGCUGACUUGUAAUGCAAUAUGUUUAUUUAAAGUUGUUGAUAUUUCAAAUGUAUAUUUUUAUAAGCUAUUCUCAUCUUUAUAAAUUAUACAUUAUUUAGUUGUUUUGAUCAAAAGCUAGUGUUUCUGAAAAGUAGACUUUAUAUUUGAUAACUAUAAUGAACAACUAGUCUUUCUAGGGCAUGUAUAUAAAUAUGUCAAAUACUAUUCUUGGAAACACAAGACUCUCCAUGUAAAACUCAAAAUAUAUUUUAAUGUAAUUUGACAUUAAACUUAUUAAACCUGCAGUCUCUGUUUGAUAUAUUAUGUUGUUUAUCUAGCUACAGUAAUUGUAUUAUACUUAUUGAGAAUUAUUGUUCUGAUUGCCAUGGAUAAUAAAAGUUAUAUAUUUUAAUA